UCUGCCUCCCGCAGAUAAUCGAGACCAACGCAGCGAAGAAGACAUCUAUGGAGGCCUCUGGAAACAACGAAUUGCGCUGCAGAAACUGUAACUCCAAGGGCCAUUUCGCAAAGGAUUGCCGCAAGCCAAAAAGGGCUCCCGGAUCUUGUUUCGCAUGUGGAGAAAUGGGGCACUUCGUAGGGCAAUGCCCUAAGAGGAAGAGCGCCAGCGACAACAACAAUUAUAAUGUCUCAUAGACUCAGGCAGCGCGAUUUCAUUUAUAAAACUUUCCAAAGUCCCAUAUGGAAUACACAUUACUAAAGUUAAGACUUCAUAUUUUGGUAUAAAUAAGA